AUAGAGAGGGUAACUUUCCGUCAGGGGAAUGUCACUAGAACGCCCGCGGGCACCGAUUUAGACAUCCUUGAUGUAGAUUAUUUAAAAGAACAGAUGAUUGUUUAACGUUACAAAAUUCAGGAUAUCACUGUUUUAUCGCGAAUCCAAAAUGAGACAACGAAAACUUGGUAUUGACAUUAAAUAAACCUUGGCAGUAUUUAAGAAAUAUUUCCUUAAUAAAUAUUAAUAAUUGUACAUAUUUUACAAUGACAUCUAUUUGUAGUGGAAUAAAUAAAAUUGUACAUAAAGUUGAAACAUCAAGGAAUUUAUUUAGAACAUACGCAACAGAUUUGACAUUUGUACCAAAAUGUCAACCAGUCAAGGACUCUGACAUAACGAGGCUAAAAGAAUUUAUUGACAGUCACAAUAAUAUAUGCAUAUUAACUGGAGCAGGAAUAUCUACUGAAAGUGGAAUUCCUGAUUAUAGAUCCCAAGGUGUUGGUCUCUAUGCAAGGAGCAAUCGUAGACCUGUACUCUACAAAGAUUUUUGCGCAAGCGAUUCUCUUAGGAAACGUUAUUGGGCUAGGAAUUACGUGGGCUGGCCUAGGUUUUCUAGUAUUGAACCUAACGAUACACAUAAAUUAUUAAAAAAAUUAGAAGAUACCCAAAAAGUUAGAUGCAUCAUUACUCAAAAUGUUGAUAACCUACAUGUAAAAGCAGGUAGUAGAAGAAUAAUAGAAUUACACGGUACAGCAUUCAGAGUAAUGUGUCUUAACUGUGAUCACAAAAUAUGUAGAUAUUAUUUGCAAGAUGUUUUAGAUGGACUUAAUUAUAAUAUGAGUGCAACUUCGCAAAUGAUAAGACCCGAUGGAGAUGUAGAUAUAUCAGAGGAAGAAAUAGAUAGAUUUAUUGUUCCUGCUUGUGAGAAUUGUGGUGGAAUUUUGAAGCCAGAUAUCGUAUUUUUUGGAGACAAUGUACCACGUCAGACAGUGGACAGUGUAAAAUACAAUGUUGAACAUUCUGAUGCUUUAUUUAUUUUGGGCUCCACAUUAACAACAUUCUCUGGGUAUAGAAUUGCAUUACAAGCCAGUAAUGCUGGAAAACCAAUAGCCAUAUUAAAUAUUGGACAAACAAGAGCAGAUGCUCUUGCAAAUAUCAAAGUAGAAGGUCGAUGCAGUGAUGUAUUGUCAAGAAUUUUUACAGUAGAUAAAAAAGCAGAAUGUAAAGAAUGUUAAAGAUCAAUUAAAUAUAACUAUAUUUUAGACUUAGUUCAUUGUUUUCAAAAAGUUUUCAUAACUAAUAAAGAAAAACUGUAUUUCAACUCAAAAUAGUACACACACAUCAGUGUAUUCAAUCUUAAAUAUUUCAACAUUUAUCUGAAAAUAUUGCAAUGUAAAUAAAUAUUAAAUCAAAUUAGAAA